AUGGGGAGACAAGAGGGAGAAGGCAGCAAACAAGAAACAGAACACAGUAAACAAGAAACAGAACACAGUAAACAAGAAACAGAACACAGUAAACAAGAAACAGAACACAGUAAACAAGAGGUGAUAAACAUUAAGAAACAGAAGAUAAAGAAUAAAGCAGUUAGUGGAAAGAAAUGGCAAGAGGAUAAUGGUGUGAAGAAAGUCAUAGAAAAUCACACUCCUGAAGGGGCCACAUUAAUACUGGAGUUCGGACUGAAGACAUCGUCUCAUACUAGAUCUCCGCCCAAACAGGGAACUACUGGCUGCCUCAUCAGAGAUCCAGUUGUCGGGACUGCAAGGGGUUGUUGACUUUGAUGGAGUAGUUGGAAAAGGAACAUUGGACAGAAUGUGCAGUUAUAACUAUUCAGUUGGGAUUGUGCAAGAUGAAAAAAGGACCUGGACCUCUGUGGCUCGCACAAUGGCCCACGAGAUGGGCCACAACCUGGGCCUAAAUCAUGUUGAGGAGAAAUCCUGCCAGUGUUACAAUGAUGCCUGUAUAAUGAGUCCCGGAGGCAAUGUAAGAGAUGGUGCUGGAAGCAGCUUGAUGACGGAAAUGAGCUGGAGUUUGUGCAGCAAGGAAAACAUCACCAAGAGUAUCAAUAAAUAUUCUUUUGACUGUCUAAAGAAUAUACCAACACAGCUGUACUCUGGCAGCAGCUGUGGUAAUGGUGUAACUGAAGAAGGUGAAGAGUGUGACUGUGGUCCCUCAGAGUACUGCAACAACCCAUGUUGCAAUGCUCUCUCUUGCAAGCUGGUCACCAAUGCCACAUGUGCUACAGGAUCAUGUUGUGACACUGAUACGUGCAAACCCAAGACAGCGUGGACUGUGUGUCGUCCUGCCAAGGGCGAGUGUGAUGUCCCUGACUACUGCUCUGGGAACUCGGAAUUCUGUCCACUUGAUGUGUUUGAAGACGAUGGAGCUUACUGCAAUGGAGGAAAGGGCUACUGCUACAAGGGAGAAUGUGGCAGCCAUGAAGGUCGGUGCCAGCAUGUAUUGGGUAGCAGUGCAUCGGCAGGUUCACCCCAGUGCUACACCCAGUCCAACACACAGGGUAACUAUGCAGGCAACUGUGGCAUCUUGAACGAAGACAGCAACACACCACUACCUUGUUCUCCCGAGGAUUCCCUGUGUGGUACACUUCACUGCUACAUAGACGGUGAUGAUGUGAAGCUCCCACAUGGCAUUGUUUCCUUUGGUGAAUGUAAGACUAUUUUGUCUUCAAACAAUUAUCCUCCUAGCUACUGGCUCUCACCUAAUGGUGCUUCUUGUGGUCCUGGCAAGAUGUGUGUGAACCAGAGAUGCAUAUCCAUUCCAAGUUCAGUCCCGGGAAUGAUAUUUGCAAUGGUGGUGUUCCUGCUGUUAAUAUUGUUCUGCUGUUUGUGGGAACACAUGCAGCAGUGGUGGAACAAACGUGGACGUGAGUGGAUAGGUCCAACUUUCCCCUGUUGCGCUCGCUGCCUUGACUCCUGUUGCUGUCCACUCGUAUCUAAAAUCUGCCAGUGGUUGAUGUCCAUUGGCACCAGUCGCAGACAAAAGAAACCUAGUCAAAAAGGGAGUGCUUUAGAGAAUGGUGUAGCAAACGAGAAUUUAGUUUCUGAAGUGAAUCAGAACACAACUGAAUCUUGGGAGAUCAAUCCUUGGGGUGAUGAAGAUGAGCAGCAGCUGGCAGUAAGAACUGUCACAUACACGCCAAAGAAUAUUAAAGUUCCUUCAAACUCAAAUAUUUUACAUCAUAACACAAUAGACCUGAACCACUCGGCACAUCAUAACUCAUUUACAGUGGCUCCUGAAUCUGCAUCGGUUGAGGUGCCAAUGUUGAAUCACUUAAAUUCUGCCAACUACUGGCCCAGUGUUUCACUUACUAGAGGACAGUUGCCAGAAAGCGCACCAACAUCACCACACACCCUCGGUGAUGAAGACGUCAUAGAUAAACUAUCAAAACUAACACAAAAUCUUACUAUUCUGGCUGGAAAGGAAGACGAACCAUCUAGGCAUGAUUCAAAUUGCACUGAUGGAGGCUAUGAAUCUUCAUACAAGAUACAUCCGCAAGGAUCUUGUGACUCUCCAGUGAAACUUGUACCAGUAAGGAAAGCUCCGCUGCCCCCUGUACAAAAACCAACACAGGAUGGAGGGGGAACAGACAGUAUUAUCUCUUCAGUACCUGUUAUGCCUUCAGGAGCACAUCUUACCAUGUCUCAGAGUCCUCAACCUUCCAUUACCCACAAAAAAGUAACUGCCACAACUCAAAAAUCAAAUCCUGACUCUCCUCCAAGACCAGAACCUGAAGUACCACCAAGACCAGAACUAACCAUAUCCCCAAGACCAGAGCCCAGUAUACCCCCAAGACCAGAGCCCACUAUACCCCCAAGACCAGGGCCUGAUCCCAAAGAACAGAAUUUGCUGUACUUCCAAGACAGAAACCUGUUGUGCCUCCAAGACCAUAAGUAACUGUGCAGAAUUAUUGGCCUAAUCUAUUUUUUGUAUAAUACAGUAUACACUGUCUUAGUUUCAUACGUUGCCAACUCACCUGGAAAGACUGAAUAGUUAUUGUGUGGUCUAGACUUGAUGAAUCACUGGCUGUGUAUCAUGUGGUGUGAAAUACCUCACUCCUCCAGAAGCUCCAUUUUUGAGUGGUUGUUGUGGUGAAAGAGUCUCCAGGCUGCCUUGUCACUACACAUCUUCUACACCUUCUCUGUUGCCUUUAUCUUCUUAAUGUAUUGUUCCAUCUUUCCUUAUGAACAGUUUCCCUUAGCACCUAUUACUGUGCUCUAAAUCCUCCUCACCCUCUUACUCAGCUAUCCAUAUCAUCUGAAAAACCUCUCUUCAACCACCUAUCUGGAGACUUUCAUGCCAUCUGACAUAAUUAUUAUCUUCUCUCUGUGUUUCAGUACUUUUGUCCUAAUGCUAUCCAAUUCUUGGACUUUGUUAUUUUUAUUAAUUAUAUACUGCAGUUCUGUGCUAUAUGUGCUAUUUAGCUAUUUCCUUCCUCCCAUCUUUAAUUCUAGAGCUCUUGCCUUUAUAUACCUAGUACUGUAUUUGAUUUUUCAUUCUUGGUGAUAUAAAGUUAUAAACACACACUGGAAGGCCAUGGGAUUAAACUCAUGUCUGGGAGUUGAGAGCAUUACAGUACCAAGAUAUAUAACUUGUUUUUCAGGGGGAGACCACACAACAGUCAGUGCAAUGAGUUAUUUUAAGUUAUUUAAUGCAUGAGUUACUUAAUAUGUACAGCUUUUGAGAAUCUCUGAAGGAUAUUAAUUUUAUAAUUUAUGUAAAAGAUGUAUUUUUUAUUUUAUUGUUGAGACAACAAAUAAAAUAUACCGAGUGUAAAGUAACAUUGUAAUAGUCACAAUACUUAACUCAUCAAAGCCUAACAAAACAGUUAAAAAUCAGAUACAGUAUUUAUGAUAACUUAUCACAACAGUCUAAUUUUGACACUAAUUCAAAUAAAAUGCUUUGACAAAAGGAAAUAUCUUUAACAAAGCAAAGAUUCAAAGCAUUUGAAAAAUUUAUAAUUUGAUCUUGGGAGAUCUUUUUGCUUGAUAUUUACAGAUCAAGACCAGUGUAUGAAGUUAAGGGGUUAUAUCACAGGAUAUGAGUUACCAUGGUACAGCACUGUACUGUGUUUGGAAUGUGUGUAAAAAAGAAGUAAUUUAUUUUGUCUCUCUGAGACUAAAGAUAAGUGUCAAGCCACAUUAAACCCCUGAACUUCAGUUUGUACAAAAAUUCAUGUGUGUUUGGGAGUUGCAUUUCCUCAAAGUUUAGUGAAGGAGGUUGAAUACAGUGCUCACCACACUACCAGUAUCCACAAUGCCCCUAAUGGGCCAUCAGGCCAGGAGGACUUGCUUUCACUUCAUCAACCCAACACAUCUAAUAUGAUUCCUAAAGGAAGAAACAGUACAGUAAUUUUAAUAUGCCUUUCACUACCAUAAUUGCCUUGCUUUAACUUAGGCUUGAGCAAACUAAAACCAGGGAAAAGUUGGAUAAUGGUCACUGUUUAAUUCAGUAUGUGUAUACUACUGGGUCUACAUAACAUGAGCCACAAGUUCAGUUAAUUGUGCAGUUAGCUUGUUUCUAUUAUCCGUCUUGUUACAUUUACUCCAGUAACCAGGUAGCAUUGUCAGUGUUCAGUGCAAGGUUCACCUCUUUUGGUCCGCUGUGAUGACGGUUGAGGACAAGUGAACUAUUUCAACUUGUGAUACCACUAAUGUUGAGUGUAUACAUGGUGCUGAAGAGUUUGUCUCUUAUUAUUUUAGAAGAGUUAGUAUUAUCAUGUUUCAAUCAUCUGUACUGUAUGUGUGAAAGCUGCUUCCAAGUACAAUCAUAUAAAGAAACUCAAGUCCAGUAAUGUGAGUAUGAUAAAUAUUAUGAAAGUUAAAUAAUGUACAGUAUGAUUGAAAAUAUUUAAGUUUUUUUGCUCAUCUCUUUGACUUUUAACAGUGCCAAAGUUAUAUACAAUUUUGGCCUUUUUCACUAUGUUUCUUUAAAAAGAAUUAUGCUUGCAGUAUGAAGAGUGACUAAUUUUUUUUUUUUUUUUUUUUUUUUUUUAGGAAUAGGCCAGUAUAGUAUGUAGAUAUAGAGCAUGAUUGUACAAUACACUACAGUAAACCCAUAUUAUUUGUGGGUUAGUUUCCAAGGAAUGGCACAAAUAGGCAAAACUGCGAAUACCUGCAGCAACUUAUACUACCUUAGUGCACUACUGUAUUCCUAUACCAAACAACAAACCAGCUGCGGCACCACUCGUCCUCUCUUUUAACUUGUCUAAUAUUUCAACUUUCUUUCUCAGGGUCAUCACUGACAUCUACCUUUUACAUUUCACUCCACUAGCAUCACUAGCACUGACACUAGGCAGUCUUUUAGGGGCCAUUUUCACACAGAAACAUUGGUUGAGCGCAAACAGAGGGAGAGAGACGCUGCAGGUGCAUUGUUGAUUGUGAGAAAAGGCUUGCAAGCUAGCCACCAUCUGCUUACCGACAAUUGUCAAAAUUGCGAAUCGCAAACCCGCGAAUUGUAAGGGUCUACUGUGCUGUAUAAUAACAGCUGAGAGUAAAUCUUCACUGUUGUCAUAAUUGUGUGCACGCUUUUGUUUAUUUAAAUCAAGUUGAUAUAAAUCAUUGAUUUAAAUCAAAAGUUUUUUUAGAAAUCAUUGAUUUAAAUCACAGUUUGGUUUUUAUAUGAUAAACGUAAAAGGAAGGAAGUAAAAAUUUAACAUUUGCUAAUACAGUAUGCUGUACAGUACAGUACGGUAAGAUACAGUAUGGUACAAUGCAGUAAGGUACAGUACGGUAUGGUACAGUACAGUACAGUGCAGUAAAGUACAGUGCAGUACAGUACAGUAUUGUUAUAAACUAAUCAGCCAGAUUAAUAAAGUAUCUUAUGCCUUUAUCACAGUAGCCUACAUAAUUUAACACAAGAAAUCUUCACCUUCAUAAUGUUCACUAUUAAGUGUUUUCACAAAAUAAAUUACAAGUUUAAGAUAAGUAACUUCACUUUGCUUACCUUACAUUGUACUGUACUUGUACAUAUUUCAAACAUGUAAGGGCUAUAGUCAAGUAUUAAAGACACUGAUAACUUGUUUUAGGUUUACUUUAGAGUUACAAAUAAAAAAAAACCCAAAACCAACAAAAUCACAACACUUUUGGAUACAACAUGACAUUUAAUAUUUAUAACAAUCAAAUUCUAACAUCUCUUAGUCUUUGCUACAUCACACAUUGCAAACAACAAGUUCUGAUAUAAUUAAGCAUCUUUGUCACCAUGGCCAGUGUCUGCAUUUAAAAACUUAAAAAUAAAGACAUGUGUUCUGCUAAAUGAUGUUAUCACUUGCAUGGGACUUUUAUUUUUUGUAUUGUGGACUUUGUGUGUGAUUUUUUGGAUUUUUCACAAAAGACGUUAUGCUGUCUUUGAUAUUGUUCACAUCAAAGUAAAAAACUCCAUUGAACAGAGCUUCAUCUUUAAUCCCUUGUGUACAUGGGUCUCUGUAAAAUUGUCUGGUGUUGGCCAAAUAAAUUAAGAAAAAUGGUGUCCAGUAGUGAAGGAGUUAAAUGCAAGAAGUCUCAAGUGCAUUGUACUUAAUGUUGAGAAGAAAUUUCAUAUAAUUAGGAAGCUUCAGAAUGGAUUACCAUUAAGCACUGUCAUCUACAGUCAAAAACUAGACUGAUUACUACUGUAACCAUGAUUCAGGAGAAACAAGUGAAUGCCACUCUCAGAGGUCAAUAUUGUUAUGAAGGUGAUGAAGCUAAUCCUGGCGUGUACCAGCAGGAGUUCCUAUCAUGGUCUCUGUGUGUCCUGUGAUAGUUUUCCCUUCAUUUAAUGUAGUUUUAUGUUACAUUAUAGAUUUAGGUCACAUGAAGAGGUUGUUCUGUACAGAUAUGUUUUCUUUUUCCUCACAACAUACAGUAAAGGAACAUACAGUACCGUAUUUAAAUGUACAGUAUUAAUGAAAUAAAUAGGUGAAAGGUACAUCACUUGCCAAAAUUAAGUUCAGCAACAACAAAAUUCAAUACUAAAAUGACGAAAUGACUAAUGAUUUCAAUUUUGUACAUAGGUUAGGUUAGGCACACCCACCAGUAAAGACAAACAUGGUGCAGAAAAUUGAACGGAGACCCAGAAAAAUUUAUAAAUAAUUAACGUUAUUCUGUGACGGAUGAAACACAAAACCUUAGUACAGUAAGUCUGUGUAUAAUGGAGAACUACAUAGUGUUUAUUAACAAUAUUAUGGGAUAUUUAUUAUGUAACUUUUAUAUGUAUUUAUCUUGUGGUUUGAAGUAAAAUAGAACUCAAG